GGGACAGCCAUAGACACAUAACCAUGGAAGGAAUUACAGAGGUUUUGGCUGCAUUGGAGAGGAUUGAACAGCAAGCAGAGCUGACCUAUGAUCAAUUGCUAAUGCUGGAGGCUAAUCUAUUUUUUGGCGCCUUUGCCUCCUAUGAUCGGCAUAGAGACAUGCGGAUGGAUAUUGAUGAUAUGUCCUAUGAGGAAUUAUUGGCACUGGAGGAGAGAAUAGGCUCUGUGAGCACAGCUCUUUCAGAGGAGCAGUUCACAAAAUGCCUCAAAAGAAGCAUAUAUAGUCAGGUCGCUUUAGAAGUCAACAAAUCAACCGUUGAUGACAUGAAAUGCAGCAUCUGUCAGGUAAGCGGUAACCUUACCUAGCCACCUAGGGGAUCUGCUAUU